AUGUCAAAAACUUUUAGUGAAUCACAUUCACAAACGGAGAAUAAUUCCGAUAAAAGGUCAAAAAUAGAUGAUGAUGUAUUAUCAAAUGCAGAUAGUAAUGCAAGUUCCAAAAAAUUAAAUAAAAAAAGCGUUUAUAGUAAAAAGUCUAAUGUUCAACAAUUAUUAGCAAGAAUAGCUCAAGAAAUUGAUGAGAGAGAACCAAGUAAUGUAAUACAUUUUAUUGUUGAUUUUUUAUGUAAGCAUUAUCCAGAGCAUUUACAUGGUUUUGAAUCUAUAUGGAAUGGAGAUCCAGACUUAGAGCAAGACAGACUACUAGUAGUGGAAUUUUUUAAGUAUCAAAAACUUCCUGUGGAAAUAUCUGUACAUUUUAUUAAUGCUGGGUUUGACACAGUGGAAACAUUAUGCACAUUAUCAGCUAAUUCUCUUGAUGAUGUAGAAAAAUUUAGUAAUACUAGAUGGUUACCAGGACAUAAAGUUCGAUUACAACAAACCUUUAACGAUAUUACAAAUAGAGUUCGACGCUUUAAAGAAGAAAGAGAUUCCUUAAUAAAAUCAUUGAGGCAAGGAUAUAUAAGUCCAUCUCCAAUACAUAGCUCAUCUAUAUUACCCAAAUCAAUAAAUCCUAUGAUGGCACCAGUUAUUUCUCGUGUAUCUUCACCAAUUAAUAUUUCUACUAGAACUGGUAAUUAUGUAAGAGUAAAUGAACCAGUAUCUUCCUGUUUUUUCAAAAGAUAG